CGCACUUCUGGUGAGAGUGUGCGGGCCCCGUUGGCUCCUACCUGCCACUCGUUCUCGUGGCCGCCGCCGCUUGGGCCCCACGACAUGCGUGAGCCGCACCGCCGCUCCGCUGGCGCUCCAGAGGCGAUGGGCCACCCGACGGGCGCGGGGAGCUUUGGGGCGAUGACGCCGCGAGGCCGCGCGCAGCCGGACGGGCUCGCCGAACGCGGGUCGCUGGAGGACGGCGCCGGGUGCGACGGGGUCGACGCGCAGCUCAGGGUGUCCGUUCCAGAGUGGCGCGGAGCGUCGCCCACGAUCUCGCCACGACUCCCCUCGAACUGCAGCCUGGAGCGAAAUCUGGAGCGGGAGUCCCCCCAGGAGUCCAUGUUCGGGGAGUUCCUCUGCGCCGACACCGUGCAGAGAACCACGUACCAGGAUCAGCCCGUGCGGUACUUCCUGUUCAUUAUCCUCGAGAGCAACGUGGUGAAGUCUCUGGUCGGCCUCGCCACAAUCUUGAGCUUCGUGGGCGUGGUCAAGGACACCGACGCACGUGCGACGGGCAGCCCUCUGCCCGAGUGGGCAACCCUGAUGGAGCACGCCCUCGUCGCGAUCUUCGCCCUGGAGCUGGCUCUCCGCCUCUACGUCGAGAGGACCGAGGCGCUGCGCAGCCUGCACAAUGUAGCUGGCGGAUCAUCGUUGUCUGCACUGGGGUGGCCGAGUACGUGCUCGUUCACUCGGGUGUCGACUCGGGUCUUCUGUCGAAGGUGAGGCUUCUCAGACUGGCGAGGAUGACGAAGCUGAUGCGGAUGGUCUACCACGUGCCGUUCUUUGUCGAGCUGAGGAAGCUGAUGUACAUGAUCAGCAGUUGCAUGAAGACCCUGUUCUGGUCAUUCUUGGUACUCGGGGUGGUCAUGACGAUGUGGUCGAUCGUGGCGGUGGAGCUCGUCCACCCUAAGGUCCUCGAGCUGUCGUCGCGGGGCCAGUGGUCCGAUUGCGAGAGGUGCAGCCGGGCUUUCUCCACGGUGUUCCACGCCAACAUCACCUUCUUUCAGACGAUUGUGGCAGUCGAAGAAGAAAAAACGCAUAAACAUCAACUUUUGUAACUCCGCGCGGAUUUCUUCGAUCCGCGCAGGGCCUUCCCGGCGCCGCUCCGACGCCGCCCCUGGCGCGCUCCGCGCGCCAGGGAGGGGGACACAGCGCGGAUCCAAGAAACCCGCGGUGAGCGCAAACGUUUCUGAUUACGCAGUUGUUUUUUCUAGGCAGGCGACAGCUGGGGCUUGAUGGCGAUCCCAGUCAUCGAGGCCCACCCGUGGUCCCUCUUCAUCUUCACUGGGGCCUUGCUGACCCUCGUGUUCGGUGUCCUCAACGUGAUCGUGGCCGUGGUCGUUGACGCCUUCGCGGAAGCGCGCGCCAAGGACGUGUUCACGAGGGCCCGCGAGAUGGAGUGGGACGAGCAGCAGGAGAAGAAGGUGUUGAGCAACAUCUUCAACAAAAUCGACACAGAUGGCAACGGCUCUCUGGAUUUCGAGGAGUUGAAAGAGGGGGCCAGGAGGCACCAGCAGUUCAGCCAUUUGCUCCGCGUGCUCGACAUCGAUACCCGUGAUCUGGAGGAAAUGUUCGUCAUGCUCGACCACGAUGGGUCUGGCGAUAUCAGCACGACUGAGUUCGUGGAGUGGAUGUACAGGAUGAAGAACACAGAUUCAAAGACGGUCAUUCAGUUCAUCAAGCAGAAGCUGACGAAGAUAGAGGAAAAGGUGCUCGAACAGGAGGACACCUUGGAGUCGCGACUGAACGACCUGGUGAAGUUCCAGUCCGAUUGCCUGCAGAAGCUGAAGGAGGAUACCUUCCAGCCCUGCCUGGCCGAGAUCUCGGCCCUCCUGGAGGAGGCCCUGCAGAGGAGCGAGUCGUGGCACCGAGGAGGUACGGCCCUCCUGGAGGGCGCCCGCGGCGCCGCGGAGCCCUCGGCCUGGGCCCCGGAGCGGUGCACGCGCCUGCGCGGCCCACGCCGGGAGGCCACGGCCGGCGGCGACCCCGCCGCCGG